UAGGAAGUAAGAAACAAAAGUAUACGAAAGCAAUCAAAAUGGCUGCCGUCUCAGAACCCUUGACGCUUGAGAAAGACAUCAACAGAGCUGUGGAGCUUCUGGAAGAUCUCCAAAGAAGCGGAGAGUUCCCCACGGCCAAGCUGCAAGCCUUACAGAGAAUCCUGCAGAGCGACUUCCUCCACGCAGUGAGGGAGGUGUAUGAGAACGUCUACGAGACAGUCGACGUCAGUGGCAGUGCCGAAGUUCGAGCAAAUGCCACCGCCAAGGCGACAGUUGCGGCUUUUGCGGCCAGCGAGGGCCACGCCCACCCCCGUGUCGUGGAGCUGCCCAAGACGGAGGAAGGGCUGGGCUUCAACGUGAUGGGAGGCAAGGAGCAGAACUCUCCCAUCUACAUCUCCCGCAUCAUUCCCGGCGGUGUCGCAGACAGACACGGGGGGCUCAAGCGUGGGGAUCAGCUGUUGUCUGUUAAUGGAGUGUCUGUGGAGGGGGAGUACCACGAGAAAGCCGUUGAACUUCUGAAGAUUGCGCAUGGAACGGUCAAGCUGGUCGUCCGCUACACACCGCGCGUCCUAGACGAGAUGGAGGCUCGCUUCGACAAGCAGAGGGCAGCGGGCCGCAAGCCUCAGCCGCAGUGAUCUCCCCUACUUGUAUAGCCUUCGUUAUCCACCCAAAGCAAUGUACAGUCCGACUGUUAGUUCGUCACAACCCCAAGAUUCUGCAGGCCAUGGAGGCAAACUUCAACCAGCGGCGACUCUCGGCGUUCCGCAAGCGCUCCAGCGUGUACUGAGGGCAGGCGGCGUCUCGUGACAGACGGGAAGGAUUGGGACGUGUUGUUUUGUCACCGGGAGACGAUGGUGGGUGGUUGGCGGGUGCUCUGGUGCGCUUGCUCCUUCUUUCCUGCCACCAAACGUCUGUCGUCCUUUUCUC